AUGGAUAGCGUUAAGUUCGUGGAUAUCAUGCAUAGUGCCCCUGAGAGCGAUGCUAAGAAUAUGGUCUCCGAACACUUGAUCCCCGAGAGCAUCGCGGAGGGCCGAGACCUGAUGACCAAGCAGGCUCGUGUCGAGCUAUCCAGGGCCUAUGUGCCAUGUAAGGCCGGAGCCCCCAGGCUUAGCGCUCCAGUCCCUGAAAUAGCGCUCGGCUAUUCCGAUAUGGAUAACUCACUCUCGAGAAACCAAACGCGCUACGAACUAGUGUUUAGGAGGCGCAGCGGCAUGUUGCCGAAUUACAAGCCGCCUAAACCGACAGGUUAA